UUCUAUUUGCCACGUUACUCCUUUUGCUGCUUGCAAGUAAAGUACUGUAAAGUACAUUUCAGCAGAAAAGAAUCAUGAGCAACAGGCUCUUAGACAUUUUUCUUGGUCUGUGCUAUUAUGCGGUUGGUUGUUUCUGGGCUAGCAUUGUGGUCCCAGUGGUCACCGUUUACACCCUAUUAGGGGGAAAACAACGAGUUAACAAGUUUUUUACGAAGGGAGAUCAUUCUAAAUUACCCGAAGUCGCCAGCUGUGUCAAGGUUAAUCAUGAUUUCAUUCAAACUGAAUCUGGAAACAAAUUUCAUUAUGUUCACCUUGGAGAAAAAGAUAAACCGCUGAUGAUCAUUCUUCAUGGAUUCCCGGACUGUUGGUAUACAUGGAGGCACAUGAUGAAGCAGUAUAGUGAUCGGUAUUAUGUUGUUCUAUUUGAGAUGAGAGGAUAUGGUGAUUCUUGCAAACCGGAAGGAAUUAAUAAGUAUCACAUGGAUUAUUUGGUAAACGACGUUGCUGAAAUAAUUGAAGCACUUGGCUACCCUCGUGCUACAUUAGUUGCGCAUGACUGGGGUGGUGCCAUUGCUUGGGAAGUACCAAAAUACUUUCCUCAUCUUGUUGAUAAAGUGGUCAUCAUGAAUGCUCCAGUUUUCAGUGCAUUAGUAAAAUGCUUGUCUCAGAAUCCCAUCCAGUUCUUAAAGAGCUGGUACAUAUUCUUGUUCCAAAUCCCUUGGAUUCCAGAGCUCUUGAUAAAGUCUAAUGAUUAUGGUGUCUUGAAAGAUACACAGAAGAACCUGACUUCUGAAGAGGUGAAUGUUUUUAAGCAUUGUGUUGGAAGGAACAUCACGUAUCCGAUCAACUACUACAGAGGAAGAAAUCCUAUUUACCAAGGCUUAGGACUUCCACAGAAGUGUAAGCAAGUAACACAACCUCUUCUCCUAAUAUGGGGUGAUAAGGAUACAGCCUUGGAUAAAAUACUGGUCCCAUAUUGUAAGGAGCAUGCAACCAACAUGAAAGUUUGCAUGGUAGAAGGAGCAACACAUUGGGUAAUGCAGGAUGAACCAGAUAUAGUUUAUAAUGAGAUGGACAAGUUUCUGAAUAUUUAAACCUUGUUGUGUGCUUACGUACUGCAUGUGUGAUUUAGUUAAUGGCAGAUCUUUUUGCUUCUUUGUUUAGUGCGGUCAUUCUGCAUGGUGUAAGUGCAAUACACACACAUUUAGUAUAUAAGCAUUAUACAUUGUUAUGUUAUAUUUAAUUUUCAAUGAUUUUAAUCUUGUUGCAUAAUUGUACGAUGUAGCUAUGCUAUGCAGAAAACAAUAUUGUUUUUUACUCGACUAAGCAAUUUAGACUUAGUUUAAAAGAUGUUAUAUGGAGAUUUCAUUUUGCUUUAAAUCGUAUUUGCAUCAAAGAUUGCUUGAAUUUCAUUCAAUAAUGUCUCAUAAUGUUUUAUUUUUUCCGAAUAGUUAAAUAACAGAAAUGUUAAGAUUGCGGUUUUUGUUGUAGCCAGAUAUAAAUUUGUGAAGCACAAAAAUAACUAUAAAUGGUAAUUUGUUGUAAAAUAAUAUUACCCUGAUAUCUUUGGACUCAAACUUUUCUAUACAUUUUACCCUAAAAAUUUUCUUAAAAAGUCUAUUAGAAGUUCGGUAGAAAAACAUAGGAAACAAGAUGAUGGUAUUUCUUAGUUGCGAAUAUUAUAUAUAUUUUAUAUUUAACAAAGUAUAGUUACUUAUCUUAGUUCGAUUAAGAAAUGGAAUGAUAAUUUCACGUUCCCCGUAAAACUGUUAAUGAGUAAAACUGUUAUGGACUUGCGAAAAAUUAAUUUGUUGGACAAUGUUUAUAAUAUCUAUAUUAAACGAGACUAUU